AUGGAGUCUCUCCAAGACCGUGGGUUCCAGAUCAUGGACCAUUCCGACAUGAAUAACCACGAUUCGGAUGGCUCCGGGUCGUCCGAUGAGCUGAUGCAGCAGCCCUAUGCCCGCGCAAGCUCCACCUUCACCGAAUCCUUCGACAGUUCAGUGCAUACCCCAGCUUCCACAAUCGCCUCGUCGCCUCCGCCCUCCCAUGUCGCGACCUGGAGCUCAACCACUUCACGUCCCCGUGGCGCCAGUGUUGGCACACCUGUGGUCAUGGACAAGUUACCCUCCGCCGACGGUGCGACUCCUGAGAUUCGCCCCCAACGCCCCUCUGGCCCCGCCAGGACACCUUCGAACACCUACGCGCCCCAGCGACGCCCACCCCAAUACAUCAGCUUCCAGAAUGACCGCCAGCGUUCGUCCUCGUCCAAGAGAAAUUCCAGGCGCGACCCCAACGCACAGUACCAAGCUCAGGAAAAAGCCUACGUCCAACGCAUUCGUGCCGAUCCCCAGGCAUGGUACAGCCACUUUGACGAAGCCCAGAACAUGAGCAUUGCGGUGGGAGAUUCGGAUUUGGAGGAGCCCUCCCCUUCUUCAGAAGUCCCCUUCGAAGAUGACGCCUACGAUCCGGAUAUCCAGCUGUUUCUCACCGACGACAACCAGCCCACCAUCGAGGAGCUCAAGAACCCGAAGAACCAGGAAAGACUCGAGUGGCAUUCCAUGCUGGCCUCGGUCCUAAAGGGAGACGUCGUCAAACAAGAAAAGCAGCGUCUUCUGGGUUCGGCAGAGUCGAAGAGGUCCGCCGCCCAGAAUAGCGCCAUAUGGCUGGGAGUGCGGGCCAAACAAUGUGGGCGGAGCAUUGCCCUGCAGAAAAAGCUCAUCGAGGAGGCCCGUGCUGGACUGGACCCCAUCAUCGAAGAGAUCAUCAAGUUUGAGAUAAAGGGGGAGACGGAGAUCGGCAAACCUCCCAUCAAGCAGGUCGAGGACAUAGUCGAACAGAUUGAAAGAUGCGAGGGCCUCUAUUCUACGUCUAAGGAGCUAGAGACGGCCCAUCCUCGUGUGGCCUCCGAGGAGUACCGCUCGAGCUGGGAGGCUGUCUUUGCAUGGCACAAUACCACCAUUCUCAUCAACACGGAGCUCGCCAUUCUGCAAAAAUGGGUCGGGAACCAGGAGCUCGACUUCAGCAAAGCUCGGAACAAGCCCGAAAACGUCGACCUGUCGGACGAUUCCUCCUUCCUCGACCGCAUCAUGAAAGAGGAUGGCCUGAAAACCUUGCAAGGAAAACACAACAUGCUGCAUGGUAUCGGCGAAGUGAUCCAAAAGGCAAAGAGCACUCUGAUUGAAAACGCCAACUCCUUUGCUAAACGCCAUCUCCCACCCUAUAUCGAAGAACUCCUCACCCUCAUCAACUUUCCUUCCCGUCUUAUCCAGGAGAUCAUCCGCGUACGAUUGUCGUAUGCGAAGAACAUGAGAGACCCGGCGCAACAGUCUCCCAUCCUGGUUGAUCAAAUGAUCUCUCAGUUCCAAAUCCUGAUGAGGGUCGCCGUUGAGAUCAAGCAACGCUACCUCGACAUUGCACGGCCUGAACCGGGCUGGGAUCUUCCGCCUUGCAUUGACGAGAAUUUCGAUUCCGUCGUCCUUGACGCUCUAAAGUAUUACUUCCGCCUUUUGAACUGGAAGUUGAAUGCAAACAAAAACACUUUCAAAGAAGCCGAAAUCCUGGAACAAGACUGGGAGUUCUCAAACCAUAUUGGUCGCCAGCUCGAAGGUGGAGAUAUCGAAGUGGCCGAGCAGUUUAGUGCUUUGACCGCGAAGUCACUUCAGCGUUUAAUGAUUCACUUCGAGCGAGAGCUGGGGACCCGUCCAAACGAAGAUCCCUUGGACAUGGAUAAACGAUACAAGAGCGUUCUUGAUUCAACGCGGAUUCGCCAACGGAAACUCUACCGAUUCUCGCGAUUUCUUCGACAAUUGUUUGAAAACGCAACCGAAUAUAAUAUUUCCGCCGAUAUCGCACACGAGUUCUUCGAGGCGCUGCUUAUUUCAGACCAUUUCCUAAUCAAGUCCAACGGCUCGGUUGGACAAAAAGGUGUUUAUCUUUUUGCUCACCAUGCCUUGUGGAAUCGUCCCGCAGACAUUCAGGCGAUUCUAGGCACGUCUUUCCGUGAAGAGGACGUUUCCAAAGACUCGCCUCAUGUGCCGUAUAUUCUGGCUGUACGCCCUGAGAAGCCUCUGUCUUGGGCUGGCAAGGAGAUGCAGGUGGGUGUGUUAGAGCAGCCUACCGAUCUACGACUCGGAAAGCUUCGCCUUGUUGUCGAGGGAACCACACAGCGACUGUCCAAUGCCCGGCAGGAGCUAGCGCAGCUGACUGGUAUCCAACUGGAUAUGGCGAUUGAACAACGUGCUAACCUCGGACGAGUCAAUAUGGAACUAAACAAGAUCAAGAAGACGUCAUUCAAACUAUCAAUGACCAUUAUGGAUAGCGUGGCAAUCAUUCGCAACCAGCUCAAAGUGAAAGGGGUCGAGAAUCACGAUCUCAUCCAAGCCUGCUACGCCUUUGCGACAGAAUUCGGGAAGCGCUCUUCGAAUGUCGACCCCAACCGUCGUGCAAUGAACAGUGCACGUCUGGUCGAAUUAUCUCUGGACUGGGUGUCGUUCGUCUGCGACGAUUGCGACGCAGCGGACCGCAAGACGUUCAAAUGGGCCGUCGCUGCGCUGGAAUUUGCAAUGGCCAUCACCUCGAGCCGACAUCUUCUGUCUAUGGAUGAUGCCCAGUUUGGCUGUUUGCGACAGAAGGUAGCCGGGUGUAUGGCGCUCCUUAUAUCCCACUUUGAUAUCAUGGGAGCACGGUCCUCCCGCGCAGCCCAGGCGGAAAAGCAGCGUCUCGAGGAGCGCGGAGGCCUCAGAAUGUUCGGUGCGGGCCGUAUCCUUACCGACGAAGAAGCAGAGAAGGCCGUCCGUGAUCAACGCAUGACCCAUCUGCAAGAAAUCGAAGCUAGCAGAGUCGAAGAGGAUGCAAAACGCCAAGCCUUAGGAAAGGUGCUGGAGGGCUCUAACGAGGCUGACCGAUCCCUGACGGUGCUGUCGUCCUCCGCGACGAACGUAACUCUCCGGUGGCAGCAAGGCCAGUUCAUUGGCGGCGGAACCUUUGGCUCUGUCUACGCCGCCAUCAACCUGGACAGCAAUUACCUGAUGGCGGUCAAGGAGAUCCGCCUGCAGGACCCGCAACUCAUCCCCAAGAUCGCCCAGCAGAUCCGCGACGAAAUGGGCGUCCUCGAGGUGCUGGACCACCCCAACAUCGUCUCGUACCACGGUAUUGAAGUCCACCGCGACAAGGUCUACAUUUUCAUGGAAUACUGCUCGGGCGGCUCGCUCGCCAGCCUGCUCGAGCACGGCCGCGUCGAAGACGAGACCGUCAUCAUGGUCUACGCGCUGCAGCUCCUCGAGGGCCUGGCCUACCUACACCAGGCCGGCAUCAUCCACCGCGACAUCAAACCAGAGAACAUCCUGCUCGACCACAACGGCAUCAUUAAAUACGUCGACUUUGGCGCCGCAAAGAUCAUCGCCCGCCAGGGUAAGACCGUGCUCCCCAUGGACGCCUUCACCAGCUCCGGCCACAAAGAGGCGCUCGUGCCCAAGGACGCCCAGCUCAACCACCAGCGCGGUAAGAACCAAAAGACCAUGACCGGCACCCCGAUGUACAUGUCCCCCGAGGUCAUCCGCGGCGACUCCAACAAGCUCGUCCACCGCCAAGGCUCCGUCGACAUCUGGUCGCUGGGCUGUGUCAUCCUGGAGAUGGCCACCGGCCGCCGCCCCUGGUCCGCCCUCGACAACGAAUGGGCCAUCAUGUACAACAUCGCCCAGGGCCACCAGCCGCAGCUGCCCACCCGCGACCAGCUCAGCGACCUGGGCAUUGACUUCCUCCGCCGCUGCUUCGAGUGCGAUCCGCUCAAGCGACCCACCGCCGCCGAGCUCCUCCAGCACGACUGGAUCGUCUCCAUCAGACAGCAGGUGGUUCUCGAGCCGGCCACCCCGAGCAGUGAACACAGCGGCAGCACGAGCAGCACCGCGAGUCGACAGAAUUCCUCAUAUGCCUGA